AUGGGCGAGUGCUCGGCGGUUUGUGGUGGUUUACUGGCGGGGGGUGAUGAUGAUGAGAUCCAACGGUUGAGAAGGUACGGGCGAGCGGUGGGGAUUUUGUAUCAAGUGGUGGAUGAUGUUUUGGAGGCUAAGGUGAAAGGGGUGGAUAAGAUCGCGAAGAGUUAUGUGAUGGUUUAUGGUGUUGAUACAGCGGUGGAAGUGGCGGAGGAGUUGAGGCGGAGGCUAAGAGGGAAUUGGAGGGUUUUGAGAAGUAUGGUGACAUGGUUUUACCGUUAUAUAGUUUUGUAG